AUGGAUACAACAGACACUGUCGAUGCUCCCCUGACCCGGGUUGAGCAGCCCAGCGGGGCUUUAGCUAUCAAGAACACUCGCACGGGAUUUCGCUCCAAGACGGAGCUGGAGCGCAUCCGUCGAGAACGGCAAGCGAAGAGAGCCUAUGGGCGCGGACGGCAGAUCGAUGUCAAGAAUGUCAAGGACAAGAAGCUGCGGCGCAACCUCACCAACCUCGAGAACAAAUACAAGACGGCAGCACUGAAGGCGAAAGAGGCCGAAAUCCUGCUCGAGAACACCUCGGGCUUCCUCGAAGCCGAGACAGAACUCGAACGGACGUACAGGGUUCGCCAAGAUGAGAUUCAGAAGGAGGUUGGCAUCGAGGUGGCGCAGAAGAAAUUCGAGCUGAAACUAGAUGCUCUGGGGCCCUAUGUGUGCGAGUACAGCAGGAACGGUGGCGAUCUGAUUCUGGCGGGGCGAAAAGGCCACGUCGCGACCAUGAAUUGGCGGGAAGGCAAGCUCGGUUGUGAACUGCAACUGGGCGAGACGGUUCGGGAUGCUCGUUUUCUUCACAACAAUCAGUUUUUCGCCGUCGCGCAGAAGAAGUAUGUCUACAUUUACGAUGCGAACGGCGUCGAGCUCCACUGUCUCAGGAAACACGUCGAAGUUUCACACAUGGAGUUUCUUCCCUACCAUUUCCUCCUGGCCACAUUGAGUAUCAGCGGCCAGUUAAAGUUCCAAGACACAUCAACCGGUCAAAUCGUCGCCGAGAUCCCUACCAAGCUCGGCACUCCUGUCUCACUAACGCAGAACCCAUACAACGCCAUCCUCCACGUCGGCCAGCAGAACGGCACCGUCACACUGUGGUCACCAAAUUCCACCGAGCCGCUGGUGAAGCUCCUAGCCCACAGAGGCCCCGUACGGUCACUGGCAGUGGACCGUGAAGGGCGAUACAUGGUGUCGGCAGGGCAGGACAACCGGAUGGCCAUCUGGGAUAUCCGCAACUUCAAGGAGGCCGUAUCCAGCUACUUUACCAGGUCACCGGCAUCAUCCAUCGCGAUAUCCGACACAGGCCUGACAGCCGUCGGGUGGGGGACACAUACGACUGUCUGGAAGGGACUAUUCUCAAAAGAAAGGGCGGUUCAAGAAAAAGUUCAGAGCCCCUACAUGACGUGGGGCGGCGACGGGCAGUCGGUCGAGCGGGUGCGGUGGUGCCCAUUCGAGGAUGUGCUCGGCAUCGGGCACGCCCAGGGGUUCUCGUCCGUUAUCAUCCCAGGCGCCGGCGAGGCCAACUACGACGCGCUCGAAGUCAAUCCGUUCGAGACCAAGAAGCAGCGGCAAGAGGGCGAGGUCAAGGCGCUGCUGAACAAGCUGCAGCCCGAGAUGAUCGCGCUGGAUCCCAACUUCAUCGGCAAUCUCGACCUGCGGUCCGAGAAGCAGCGCCAGGCCGACAGGGACCUUGAUGCGCCCGCCGUCGACAUUGCCGAGGAGAUCCGGAACCGGGCCAGGGGAAAGAACACGGCGCUGAAGAAGUAUCUGCGCAAGCAGCGCAAGAAGAACAUCAUUGACGAGAAGAGGCUCAAGGUGGAAGAGAUGUACAAGGAGAUGCAGGAGAAGAAGGACGAGAAGCACAAGGAGCGGCAGGCCGAGUUGGGGCCGGCGCUGGCGCGGUUUGCCAGGAAGGAAUAA